AAGCUCAGCCCUGUUUUAGUUGCAGAGUUACAGACCUUAAUUUUGUUCUUAUGCUCUGUUUUUUAGCUUUUCUUUUCUCUUUUUGCCAUUUUUACAGGGAGAGUUGGGAAUGGGGAGGGGUUAGUCUGAGUCUCUGAGUCUGAGUCCGAGUCUGUGACGCAAAACAUUAAGUAUAUCUGUUUAUAUCAAAACGGGGCCCAAGGAUUUGGGCAUUCAUUGCACCUAGCAACUAAACAAGGCGCACCCCAACUCCCCGAGAACAAACUAAGCAAAAAUCUGUCUCCUUACAGUGAUGUUACGCCAUGGCGACAUGGGCGUGCUCGACGUGACCCCGGACCUGAAUUAGCGGCGUUAAUGAGGUGGAUCCUUUUGAUAUCGAAAUGGGUUGGAGCUUAAAUGCAGAUAUUUAGCUUCUGUUCUCACUACGCUGAUCUAGACAAGUUGAUUUGCUUUGCUUUGUUCAUGUAAUUUGAGUUAGCGGGUCUUCUCAGGUUAGUUUUUGCAAUUUGCUUCUCUUUCUUUGUGGCUAUUUGAGACUGGUUCUGAAGGAGGGAGAAGGAUUUCUGGGUUGGGCAAAAAAAUUUUGUUGGGGAGAUUAGUUAUCUGUUGUAAGCAAGCGAGGAAUGGAGGAAUUUUGUUGGGUUUCUUGGUUUUAAUCCGCAUGCAUAUGGGUUUUGUCCUUCCUGAUUUUCCUGAAGGAGCUGGGAUUUAUAAGAUUAAGAAUUCUGUGAGAUUUUCUAAUCGCCCUGAAUUAUCGAUAUAUGGAAGCAUUCCUCGAAUCCCGGAUUGUUGGUUUUCAUGAAUAAAUGCAGAAGAUUCUUGUGGGAGGGAUUAUUAUGAAUAGGGUUUUGAAGAACAGUAGAAGCUUUAGAUAGAGAAAAAAAAAACCUAAUCUUUUGUUGGCUCCUGUUUCCGCUGAAUUCAUUGCCUUGUGGUCAAAGAAUUUCUGUAACGGAAGGAAGAUAUCUGGAUUGAGCUUUUGAGGGGAACUGGCUUAGAUGGUUUUGGUUCCAAAUAGCCUUCAGUAAGGAUCAAUGGAAAGUAAUUUAUCAGCGGGAAACAUGAUUCCAGGUGCUCCUUAUGGGGUAUUGGACAUGCAAGGAUCCAUGCAUGUUCCUCACCAACAACAUCCACACACCACUCACCAACAUCAUUCCAAUCCUAACCAGGGCUGUAUAGUCCAUCCCCCUAUCCAUGAUGUCUUCCCCUUCACGGUAGGAAAUAUGCAUGAAUGCGAUCAGCCCAUCAACCUUGUGGAUUAUAAUAAGGGUGAAAAGGCAAAGAAUUCCACAAGCGAUGAAGAUGAGACAAGUUUAAAUGAAGAUGGCAAUGAUGGCCAUAAUGAUGCUGGGAAAGGGAAGAAGGGGGUUGUUCCAUGGCAGCGCAUGAAGUGGACUGAUUCAAUGGUGAGGCUUCUUAUAACUGCUGUUUCCUACAUAGGCGAGGAUGUUGCCUCUGAAUGUGGCAGCGGGGGGAGAAGGAAAUUUGCGAUCCUACAGAAGAAGGGGAAGUGGAAAUCAGUUUCAAAGGUCAUGGCUGAGAGAGGAUGUUUUGUCUCGCCCCAGCAAUGUGAGGACAAGUUCAACGACUUGAACAAAAGAUACAAAAGGCUCACGGAUGUCCUUGGGAGAGGAACUUCUUGCAAGGUUGUUGCAAACCCUGCACUGUUGGACAUGAUGGACCUCUCUGAAAAAGCAAAGGAGGACGUUAGGAAGAUUUUGAGCUCGAAGCAUCUGUUCUAUGAAGAGAUGUGCUCUUAUCACAAUGGGAACCGGCUGCAUCUCCCAGCUGAUCCAGCGCUGCAGCGAUCAUUGCAGUUGGCUCUUAGGAGUAGGGAUAUUCAUGAGACUCAUGACAAUAAGAGGCCUCUACAAGAUGACGUUGAUGAAGAAGAUCAUGAUGCAGAAACUGAUGAUUGUGAUGAUGAAUCGGAGGAGAAUCAUGCCUUAGGUGGGGAUAAUGGGGGAACAUUUGGGGUUCCUGGAUCAUAUGCAAAGAGGAUGAAACAUGGACAGGAUCAUGAUGACAUGAAUUUUGGGAACCCCUCAAGUUCUCAGGAUUUUAACAGAAGUUACCCAUCUCAUGCCCAAAUUUUUCCUGCUGACAUUGAUAAAGUGUUCCCUGAAGGGUCCAAAGCGGCUUGGGUACAGAAGCAGUGGAUGCAAUCUCGCUUACUUCAGUUGGAAGAGGAGAAGUUACAAAUUCAGGUGCAGAUGUUGGAGCUGGAGAAACAGAGGUUCAAGUGGCAGAGAUUUAGCAGAAAGAAAGACAGGGAGCUGGAUAAACUGCGAAUGGAAAAUGAGAGAAUGAAGCUUCAAAACGAGCGUAUGGGAUUAGAAUUGAAACGUAAGGAGUUAGAAAUUGAUUAUACCUAAAUGGCCUGAGCUGCAACAAUACAUAGUGUUCUUUAUUGUGAGUAAUCAGUUGUUGAUUUUACCAGAGAAUAUAUUUGAUAAAUGCUUACUUCUUACCCUUUUUGCCUCCCAUAUGCAUUUGAAUUUGAUAAGUCCUGUGUACUUUCCGUUUUGGUGGAAAACAAAAAUGAUAACAUGAUAUUACUUUGGAUUGUAGCUGCUA